AUGGCAGAUCCUUGCUUCACGGAUCUUCAUUGGCCUGACUGUGAAUAUGUAGCCAUUACAGAAGGCCAUAACACUCAACCAGUUGCUUUCGACAAACUCUACAAUCAAAUCAAGAACCUGGCCCAAUUCAAAUCCUCGUCGACGACCAGACACAAUAUGAAGAAUGACGGCCCCCAGCCGAAUUGGAACGCCUCAGAUAGGUCAACGAUGGAUCGAAUCAAGGCAAAACAGAGCGAGUGGCACGAUCGUACCACUGUAGGACAGCAGACAUAG